AUGGAGGCCAGCGAGAACUGGCUCGUGGAAUCCUUGCGCUUGUACCAGGAUUUUCAUGCAUUCGACCUCUCAGGAGCCACUCGAGUCCUUGAGUGGAUUGGUGACAAAGGAGUCUUUGUUGCUGGCUAUGAAAGCCUGAAAAAGAAUGAGAUUCUUCAUCUGAUACUGCCUCUCAGACUUUCUGUAAAGGAGAACCAGGGCUUAAUCCCGGACAGAGAUUUCAAGGUGUGCCAUGGAGGAUUUUCAGACAAACCUGUCUUUGAUCUAAAGCAUGUACCAGAGACCAGGUUGCUGGUGACCAGUGGCCUUCCAUGUUGUUCUCUGAAGGUGUGGCAGAUCACAGAGGACAGUGAUGUCAUUAAAGCUGUCAGUACUCUUGCUGUGCCUGAGGAGGGGAAUCUCUGGCCAAGGCUAGCUGUCUUCUCCUCGAUGGCCCCUGGAGUCCUCCACGGGGCAAGGCUCAGCACUCUGAGAAUUACAGACUUGGAAUCCCAGAAGACUGCGUACACCUCAGGUAUUGGUGACAGCGAGGUGCUAAGUAGCCUGCAGGUUCUGGGUACAGACACCUUUGCCUUCUGCUGCACCUCUGGCCGGCUAGGUCUUGUUGACAUUCGCCAGAAGUGGACACCAUCUGAGAACAUCAGCCCCAGCCCUGGGUCUGGUGGAGGGAGGUGGUGUGCAGACAUUCGGAACGGGGGCCAGGGCCUUGGGCCCAGCAUUGCCAGCUUUUGUUCAAAUGGGCAGCUCUGUCUGCUUGAUCCCCGGGAUCUCUGCCACCCUGUGAGCUCAGUCCAGUGCCCAGUGUCCAUGCCUAGCCCUGACCCAGAGCUGCUGCGAGUGACUUGGGCCCCGGUCCUGGACAACUGCUUAGCCAUCUCAGGUUUUGAUGGAACAGUCCAGGUCUAUGAUGUCACGUGUUGGAGUGGAGUGGGAAGCCAAGUAGAACCUCUCUUUACUCACAGAGGUCACAUCUUCCUAGAUGCAAAUGAGCUAGACACUACUCCACUAGUCACCACCCACAUCUGGCACCCCUGCAAACCAAGGACUUUGUUAUCAGCUGCAAAUGAUGCCUCUCUGCAUGUGUGGGACUGGGUGGACCUUCAUGCCUCCUCCUAA